UUAAAAGAGCCAACAUCCCACUGGAAAUUGGAUUAGCCCUAUUCUUAUUUUGCUAUUUUUGCAGCAAUUCCACAAUUUCUUCCAGAAUCUUUUAGCACACAGUAUUUUUUUAUAUAGACAAUGAAUCAGGUGGCAGUUUUGUUGGAGUUUUUAUGAACUGAUUUUGAAGUUGUUACUAUUACUGGCAUAUAUUCUCUCAUGUGCGUGAGCCUGAGUCAGCAUUGUUCUGAUAAUGUGAAUAAUUUAUUGAAUGAUAUUUUUCUAUCUUGUGUCUUUUACAGAUGAUGGCAAGAUAUAUCACUGGAUUAUAUCAGAGAGGAGGCUUCUCUUUCAGUAGAGUGCCUCAUCAUAGUCUCAUUUCAAGGCUAAAUCUUUGUCUCUCAACCUCACCUGGCAGGUCGUCUGUGCUUCAACCUUGUACAUGCACAUUAAAUAUCACUGGCUUGAAAAAGGCUAGAACUUUAUCCACAUGGAGGUCAAAUACAGCUUUGGAAUGUACAAGGAAACAUGGAUUUAUCUGUGGGAGAUUAAUCCAUACAUCUGAGAAGAGGCUAGCACCUCCUGUUGCUGUCUGGUUGGCUCUUAAAACAUUAGCCAAGACUGCUGCCAUUGUUACUGGAAGAACACUUCGGAACAGAUGGAGAGAUCACCCAAAACACAAACAUAAAACAACCAGUGAGAGGAUACAAGAGAAUAAAACAAAGAUCAUCGCUGGUAUACUAGGAAUGAUUGGGUUUGGAAUUGGUUAUUAUUACUAUCAUAUAGACUACACACCAUUAACUAAUAGACCAAGAUUUAUACUCUUCAACAAGACUCAGUUUGAGAAGAUAGUCGAUGAGGAAUAUAAAAUGCAUUGUGAGACAUAUAAGGAUAGUUUUGUACCAACGAACCAUAAGAUCUAUGGUGUAAUCUCUGGGAUAAUUAUGCAGCUGAUUAAAGGAAACCAAGACGUAGCUCAGAUACGCAACCAGACCUGGACCAUUCAUGUCAUUGACAAGAAUAUCAAGAACGCAUUUGUUCUCCCAAAUGGUCAUAUAUUUGUAUUUACUGGGAUUCUACAAGCUACUGAUAACAUAGAGCAACUAGGGACAGUGCUGGCUCAUGAAAUGGCACAUGUUGUUCUUAAUCAUUCAGCAGAGAUGGCAAGUUUCUUUGAGUUCUUUGAUCUCUUCAUGAUUGUUGUAUUGACGGUUCUCUGGGCUUUCCUUCCGAACGAUGGUAUUGCAUUGGUGGCUACAUGGUUUAAACAGAAGGUGGUGGAGUUGUUACUGCAUAUGCCUUACAGUAGAAGUCUUGAGAUUGAGGCUGAUGAAGUGGGCUUGAUGCUUGCAGCCAAGAGCUGUAUUGAUGUACGAGAGUGCAAAGCAUUCUGGGAAGCGAUGGAUGUAGCUCAGAUCUCAACUGGAGAACCUGAACCUCUAGAGUUCCUCAGUACGCAUCCAUCCCAUCAAAGAAGAGCUGACUAUAUAGAAUCAUUAUUACCAAAGGCCAUCAGAGUUAGACAGUACUGCAACUGCCCUGAACUGCCUCAAAGAAUCCCUACCCAAAGAGCUGUCGUCCAAAAGUCGAUUCCUGCGCUUCCUGCAGCAUGAAGUAGGUGUGUCUUUGAAAAGUACUCUCACUGUAGUGGAGCUAGACAACAGAGCGAACAGAAAAGAAAAACUCACAAAUCAUCUGAAAUCUUAGAUGCCGUCCAUUGUGGCUGAGUGUGGUCCCUGCUUCAGGACAAUUACCCCAGGAGGACAUCUUGUCAUCUUACAUUCAUGUGGUUCCUCUAUCAAAAAUCCCCUGGAGGAAUUGCUGUAGGACAAGAGCUCUAAGGUGGACCUGGAAGACUUUCCAGAGGACAGGGCCAUUUGGUAGAAGAAUAAACCUCAUUGUGAUUUUUAUACUGCUGGGCACAUUUGGAAUUUGGAGUUACACUAUUGCAAGGACAUUAGGACAACACCCAUGUCAAUGUCUGAAAUACUCAGCGUUAACCAAAGUUCUAUCAUGAAAUGUUCCUGUGUGAAUUGUACAUGUAUAUUAGGUAAGUGAUAACUUUCAUUCUUCAAAAUCUCAGAACUAACUUCCUGUUUUCAUUACAAAAGAGGCAGAGAGAAAUAGAGCUGAGGGUAUUUCCUUCCAAAA